CUGAAGCCCAGCGACGGCUUCUCGGACUUGGCCCCCGGCCUGGACUCCAUCGGGGAGAGGUCUGACAGGAGGCGGCAGGAGGCGGCGGGGGACGUGGGGGUGUCGCCGGGACACUUCCAGGCGGGCGGCAGUGACACCAAGGUGGUUUUCAGCAGAUCCGACCGCGACUACAGCAUUUUCUACGACGUCCACAUCUUCUACUACCUGUGGUACGGCUCCCCCAGCGUGGACAACAAGUACAUCCACUGGGACCACGUGCUGGUCCCGCACUGGGACCCGAAGAUCGCAGCCAGCCACGCUCAAGGAAAGCACACCCCCCCGGAGGACGUCGCCUCCAGCUUUUACCCUGAACUGGGGCCCUACAGCUCCAGGGACCCGAAGGUGCUGGAGUCCCACAUGUCCCAGAUAGAAGCGGCUGCAGCAGGCGUGGUGGUCUUGUCAUGGUAUCCUCCCGGCGUAGCAGACGACCACGGGGAGCCCACCGAGGACCUGGUCCCUGCUGUCAUGGACGCCGCCCACAGACACAGCAUCAAGGUGGCCUUUCACAUUCAGCCGUACAAAGGAAGGACGGACCAGAGCAUGCAUGAAAACAUCCGAUACAUCAUCGACAGGUAUGGAAAACACGCCGCCUUUUACAGAUUCAGGACCAACACAGGGGAAGUCCUGCCGCUCUUCUACAUCUACGACUCCUACCUGACCCCGUCGGAGUCCUGGGCGGAGCUUCUCACAGCUAAAGGCUCCAGGAGCAUCAGGGGCACGCCAUACGACGGGAUUUUCCUCGCCCUGAUUGUGGAGGAGCGCCACAAGUACGACAUCCUGGCCAGCGGCUUCAACGGCGUCUACACCUACUUUGCCUCCAACGGCUUCUCGUUUGGCUCCUCCCACCAGAACUGGAAGGCCAUCAAGGCCUUCUGCGACGUGAACAACCUACUGUUCAUCCCCAGCGUCGGGCCGGGCUACAUCGACACCGCCGUGCGUCCGUGGAACAACCACAACACCCGAAACCGGGUCAACGGGCGUUACUAUGAGACGUCCUUGCAGGCAGCCCUGUCCAUCAGGCCGGAGAUCGUCACCAUCACUUCCUUCAACCAGUGGCACGAAGGCACGCAGAUAGAGCGGGCCGUGCCCAAGAAAACAGUCACGCGUUUGUAUCUGGACUACCAGCCCAACCAGCCAGACCACUUCCUGCAGCUCACCCGGCAGUGGGCCGAGACCUUCAACAAGGAGAAGGACAAGUGGCUGAUGUGAGCCUCAGUCUGUGAACACUCAGGCCUUCUUUCCAAUAGAUCCAAAUCUACUUUCCUGCUGCCAGUCGUCGUUUCCUGAAUACAUUUUGAUGGUUAUAAGAAGUAUCUGACCUCUGGGUUCGUCCAGGUUCUAACUUUCCCUUGAUGAUGACACUCUAUGGAGAACUAUUCCUUUUAGUAUUUUGCUGUUGUAAAAUGGUCUCCACACAUGUAAAUAUGUUUCACUAGACAAAUCAAGUAAAAAUGUUUAGCACACUUACAAAAAAGACAUUUUUUCAUGUCCUCAUAACAACAUAUAAACGUGCACAAGUGUGUUUUUAAGUGCUCACUCAUAGAUCUACACAAACUCAAUCUUUUGACUUUUAAAGGAAAUAUUUCAACUAAACUCGUCAAUUAUGUAGCAGAUUUCUCCAGCUAGCAGCUAGUCGGUGUACGCCUCCCACUAGAUUACAAAAUGUUACUCUAAUGGAUGUAAAUGAGUUUUUUUUUCCCUUUGAUUGUUUUUAAUAGUGGGAUUAGUUUUUACGUUAUGGGAAAACACUGCCAUGAACUGAAUCAUAAAUCAAGUGAUGGAUGUGAAUUGUUAAACGCUGGACGCCCUUCCUGACAAAACUCUCUGUUAUCCAGGCUGGGGACCGGCACAGGGAAACCCAGACUCUGACCCAAGCUUUCUAUACGUUGUUCUUUUCAGUUUUUGUCAAAAACGAUCACAUCUCUUUAUGGUAUUCCAGAUUAAUUUAGUUAUUAAUCAUGUCCUCUCCACCUGUACUUGCAGAGAAACAACAAAAUGAGGAGAAAUUCUUAAACCUUUGGCCACCAGAGCAAAUAUAACACAUUUUAACUGUUUUUUAUGUUCUAUUAUUCUGUUUGUGAUCAUAAUAAUCACACCAUGUUUCUACUAUCUUUGUUUCAAAUAACAUUUUAGAUUUGGAAGAGUUUUUUUAUUCCCUAAGUUUAAAUCUCUUUUAGUAAAGAUGAUCAAAACAAAGGAAUUAAACUGUAAAAUGAUGAUAAAAGGGGACAUAUCUUUCAUUCACCUUCAGCCAAUCCCUGUAUGUUUUCCAGCCUUUAUUUUGACAUUCAUUUGUUUAAAAUUUGUGUCUAGCUCCAAUUUUUAUUCAUCUUUUUUUUGUAUAAAGUGAAAUACAUUUUGAUUGAAUCCAGGUAAAGUCAUCAAUUUUCUAUACUGAAAUUUUCUCUAAUAUUUUCUCUAAUUUUCACUAAUAUUUCAUGUAAACAAACUGAUCAGAUUCAAUAUUUAUGUCACAGAAUUUUUUUUUUAUUCUAAAAUUACAAAAAGUUAAAUUUAAUGUCAUUUUCUAAAACCUCACAUUAUUAAUUAACUGUUUUCUUUGCAUACAUCAGUAACACAUCAGGUGUGACUAUAGACAUGAACAUGUCAAAAGUUUCCUUUUACCUUAAGUUUCUUAACAUCAAACAUGUUUGCAAGUGUGCAAAACAUUUUUACAACUAUUAAUCUUUGAGACAAAAGAACUUUGAUCCAUUGUUUGCUCUUGUAUUCAUUUCUAUUUUUUAUUGAUUUCCUUUUGCAGACUCAAAACUUAUUUACAUGUGUGGACAUCACUUUAUAGCCCAAAAUACUCACUAAAAGAGAGUGAAACUCCAUGACUGUCCUACUGUCCUUUCCUAAAUGAAGAUUAAAGUGUGUCUGUUUACA